UUACAACUAGAUAAUUCGCCUUUGAGUUGAAUGAGUGGAGAAUGGAUACGGAUUGAAAUCUGGAUUACAAAAACAACAAAUUGAGCGUCGGCAACCCAUCGAGUAUCACUGAACGAGCAUCACAACAAAGAUGCAAGAAUGAGUCAACCACAGCUGAAUGAGUUCAUUCCUCCCCCGGAGUGUCCUGUUUUUGAGCCCAGCUGGGAGGAAUUUGCUGACCCUCUUGCGUACAUCAACAAAAUACGACCCAUUGCAGAGAAAACUGGCAUUUGUAAAGUCCGACCGCCACCGGAAUGGCAGCCACCAUUUGCCUGUGACGUUGAAAGAUUGAAAUUCACACCCCGAAUUCAAAGGCUCAACGAGUUGGAGGCUCAGACGAGAGUGAAGCUGAACUUUCUGGAUCAAAUAGCAAAGUUUUGGGAGCUUCAAGGAUGCACGCUGAAAAUCCCUCACUUGGAAAGAAAGAUUUUAGAUCUCUACCAGCUCAACAAGCUGGUGAAUGACGAGGGAGGUUUCGAUGCCGUCUGCAGAGAGCGGCGCUGGACUAAAAUCUCCGUCAAGAUGGGUUUUGCUCCAGGCAAGGCGGUGGGCUCCCACCUGCGGGCGCACUAUGAGCGGAUCCUCUACCCAUAUAACUUAUUCCAGACCGGCGACAAUCAGCCUAGAGCCACCUUGACCAACGACACGAAGGACAAGGUGUACACGCCACAUGACCUCCCACAGCGCCAGUCCGUGCAGCCUCAGGAGAUCUGCAGCAUUGCUCGCCGUGCAAAACGGAUGAGAGCUGAACAGAGAGGCUACUUUAAAAGCGAAGCUGAGGAGGCUCGCAAGAAUCGUCCUAAUCUCAGAAGGAGAAUGGGAACAUAUGUUGCCGAGAUGGAGCCGGAGCCAGAGCCAGUGAGCAUGUCGAUUAAAGAGGAGACCAUAGAAUGUAACGUCACAGAAGGUUGUGAAGAAAAUGGGGCAAAUGGCACAGCCAGUAAAGUGGAGCAAUACAUGUGCCUGGUGUGUCACAAUGGAAAUGAGGAGGACCGCCUGCUGUUGUGUGAUGGCUGCGAUGACAGCUACCACAUCUUCUGUCUCAUCCCCCCACUUCCUGAAGUUCCCAAGGGAGACUGGCGAUGCCCCAAGUGCCUAGCGCAGGAAUGCGGCAAACCUCAGGUCGCUUUUGGCUUUGAGCAGGCCAGCAGGAGCUACACCCUGCAAACCUUUGGAGACAUGGCUGAUUCUUUUAAGUCGGAUUAUUUCAACAUGCCCGUUCACAUGGUUCCGACUGAGCUGGUGGAGAAGGAGUUUUGGCGUCUCGUCAGCACCGUCGAAGAGGAUGUGACUGUAGAAUAUGGAGCAGACAUUGCCUCCAAGGAGUUUGGGAGUGGUUUCCCCCUGAAGAACAGCCAUUUUGAAGUGUCUCCUGAGGAUGAGCAUUACCUAACAAGUGGCUGGAAUCUUAACAACAUGCCAGUGCUGGAUGCCUCGGUGCUGACUCACAUUACAGCCGACAUCUGCGGGAUGAAGUUACCUUGGCUCUAUGUGGGCAUGUGCUUCUCCUCCUUCUGCUGGCAUAUUGAGGACCACUGGAGCUACUCGAUCAACUACUUGCACUGGGGUGAGCCGAAGACCUGGUAUGGGGCGCCGGGUUAUGCCGCAGAGCAUUUGGAGGGGGUCAUGAAAAAACUCGCUCCUGAGCUGUUUGAGUCACAGCCAGACCUCCUCCAUCAACUCGUCACCAUCAUGAAUCCUAACACGCUGAUGAACAACGGCGUCCCGAUCUAUCGCACAAACCAAUGUGCGGGGGAGUUUGUCAUCACGUUCCCCAGAGCGUACCACAGCGGAUUCAACCAAGGUUUCAACUUUGCUGAAGCGGUUAACUUCUGCACCAUGGACUGGAUGCCUGUUGGGCGAGGCUGUGUGAAACACUACCGCCAGUUGAACCGGUAUUGCGUCUUUUCCCACGACGAAAUGGUCUGCAACAUGGCCUUCAAAGCAGAAACGGUGGAUGUGGAACUGGCGUCCGCCGUGCACAAGGAGAUGGCCGCCAUGAUCCAAGAAGAAGAGGAGCUUAGAGAGAAGACCAACAAGAUGGGUGUGGUGCAAACCCGGCAAGUCGAUUAUGAGCUCCUCCCUGAUGAGGAGCGUCAGUGCUGCAAGUGUUGGACCACCUGCUACCUGUCUGGCAUCACUUGUGUCUGCAGUCCCGGCAAGGUGGUCUGCCUGUACCACGCCCAGGACUUGUGCUCCUGUCCACUGAGCGACCGAAUACUCCAUUACAAAUUUACACUGGAUGAGUUAUACCCCAUGAUGGCAGCUGUGAAGCGGCGUGCAGAGUCCUACAAGGAGUGGCUGUGUGCUGUGCAGGGCAUUCUGGAGAAGAGAGAAAGCCACAAGAAAGGUCUGGAAGAGCUUCACAGCCUGGUGGAGCAGGCUGAGACAAAAGGGUUCCCACAAACCGCCCUCUUGGACCAGCUGCGCGUUGUUGCUGUCGAAGCUGAUAAAGUCGCUGUGGUGGCCCAACAACUUCUCAAUGGGAAGAGGCAGACGAGGUAUCGUUCUUGUGGGGGGAAGUCUCAAAGCCAGAACGAGUUGAGUGUGGAUGAGCUUCGAUCGUUUGUACAACAGUUGGACAAGCUGCCAUGCAACAUCAGACAGGCACCUUUACUGAAGGACCUGCUGAAAAGGGUUGAUGAAUUCCAACAGCGCAGCGAAAGGCUUCUCUCUGAUGAGUCUCCUAACUCAGUCGAGCUUCAGGAGCUGCUGGAUCUGAGCCUGGGCCUUGAUGUAGAGCUCCCCCAGUUGCCUCUGCUCAGGGAGAGGCUGGAGCAGGCCCGCUGGCUGGAGACAGUGAAGCAAGCCAACAGCAGGCCGGACAACCUCUGCCUGGACACCAUGAGGAGGCUGAUCGACCAAGGGGUCGGGUUAGCGCCGCACAGCUCUGUGGAAAGAGCCAUGGCACGUCUGCAGGAGCUCCUGACGGUGUCUGAGCAGUUGGAGGAGCGGAUGCUCGGCCUCAUGAAAGCCAGUCCCCAUCACAGUAUCGAAACCCUUGAUGCCGCUUUACAAGAAAUGGAAAAUGUCCCCGCCUAUCUGCCAAACUGCCUGCAGCUGAAGGAUGCAGUGGUCAAAGCCAAGAAAUGGCUUCAUGAAGCUGAAGCCCUGCAGCUCGGGGGACGUAUACCCCUGCUCGAAAGCCUCUCUGAGCUGGUUCUCAGAGCAGAAGGCAUUCCAGUGAGACUCGACCCUCUCAGUCGAUUGGAAGCUCUAAUUAGUGACGUGCAGACAUGGAAGGAAAGCGCAGCGAAAACAUUCCUGCUCAAAAACUCACCCUUUUCGCUUUUGGAGGUUCUGUGCCCAAGGUGUGAUGUAGGAGCUGGGCUUCCUAGGUCAAAAUCUAAGAAAACAAAAGAGGGAACACAGAUCAAUAAGAGACCCGGCGUAAAGCUGGACUCACUCUAUGAUGUGGAACAGGCUCUUUCGGAAAGCAAGAGCUCCGCCUCUGCUAUGGCCACCCUCGAUGAUGUCCGUGACAAGGAGAUGGAAACCUUGUUGGUGUUGAGGGCUUCAAACGAGUCCAAGCUUCUUCCUGCUGAGAACUGUUGUGCACUUAGCGUUUGUGUUUGCCAUAAGGCGCCCUCGGGGGCCAUGGUGCAAUGCGAACUCUGUCGCGAGCUUUUCCACAGUGGGUGCGUCGUAGCAAGCGCCGACCUCAAAUACGGCCAAGUCUGGCUUUGCCCCUUUUGCCAGCGUUCAAGGAAGCCGCCCCUGGACAAAGUCUUGCCUCUGUUGGCGUCACUGCAGAGGAUUCGGGUCCGAUUGCCCGAAGGAGACGCGCUGCGCUUCCUCAUCGAGCGGACGGUGCAAUGGCAGCACAGAGUUCAGCAGGCCUGUACAGAUGGACUGCUGGAGGAAGUGUCAAAAAUGGGGAAGAACAGAUCAAGAAUAUUGCAAAAGAAUGCCUUUUUUUAUACAGAACACCAGUGCGUUCCACUACAGGGACUUGGCUCUGACCUGGAGGAGCUGAUGGUGGAGGGGUUCCUCCUGCAGGUCACCCUUCCAGAGACUGAGCAACUUUAUACAUACCUGCUGUACACUCUGGCUCCUCUGCCCACUCAGAGAUCUCCUUGUAACAAAAGGACAGAAGAUGAUGAGCUGCGGAGAGAGAGUACAAAACACCAUAAAAAGAGUGGAGGCUCAAAUCACAGUAAAGAGGCGCUGAGCAUUCAGAGCAAAAGGACCAAGCGACGCAAGGAAAGCUCUGAUUCUCAGCACUCCGGGAAGGCCAAGAGGUGUUGCAAAAAGAAGUCUAAGAGGAGACGUGACCGGAGCGAAGAAAGAAGGAGUAGUUGCUCCCCCACACACAGAGCGUCAGAACCUGCUGCAUCCGCUUCCGCGUCCGAUUCGGAUGAGGAUUAUUCGUUGUGCGCCGCGCCGUGGUGCAGAGAGCCGGAGGGAGAUGAGUUAAACUGGGUCCAAUGCGAUGGCAGCUGCAAUCAGUGGUUCCACCAGGUCUGCGUGGGACUGUCUGCCGAGCGUGCCGAGACGGAAGACUAUAUUUGCAUAAGCUGCACACAGCCAGACUUUGACCGAGGGGACUGAAGACCAAAAAGUGACUUUUUGAAGGAUCAGCAGUUGAUUUGCAGCACGCAGCACUUGACGUGCACACCUAAACUCCGCUCCCCUUUAUCUUGUGGCUAGCCCUUAAUGAACACGGUGCUAAUCACUCGUCUUCUACGUUACAACAGUUCUCUCAGCACUGUUUUUGCCACCUGGCUGCUGCUUCAGCCAAUCAGCUUAUUCGCUCCAAAACGUUCCAGAAAGAACAGUGCAGGGACUUUUAAUCCAAAAGUCAAAUAAUAUCACAUCCAGCAGUUAUUCUUUUCUUCCCCCAGCCCGUGUCAACAAUGUGAAAUUUUACCUGUAGAGUCUUCUUCAUCAAAGCAAUAACUGAAUACAUGAAUCCCAGUUCACUUUCAAGAAAUCCCAAUAGAAUGCCUUGUCAAAGUGAAACCCUGCUUAGAAUUCACCUCUUGAGUCUGAUGAUGCUCCAAAACAGUUCAGGUAAAAAGAAAGUUGAGGAAGGUCACACAGAUUCCUAUUGGUAUGUGGGGUGGAUUAUACAGUUUGUUGUCCCUUUACAGUUCUCCUGACAUGAUUUUUGUCAGUAUCCCGUAUUUUGUGGGGGGGAUGGCGGGUGUCAAUGUUCUGUUAGAACUGAUAUUCACAAAUUUCUGACAUGAUUUUUGUCAGUAUCCCGUAUUUUGUGGGGGGGAUGGGGGGUGUCAAUGUUCUGUUAGAAUUGAUAUUCACAAAGUCAGAAAGAACUUCCCGACAUCCAAGGAAUGUACAUUUUCUUUUAGGGUGCAGCUCUUCCCUGUAAGAUUAAGGUUGAACAUAUGCUGGAUUUAGAUUUAACACAGAUUGUUUGAUUUAUUCGCCACGGGUAUGACUUUUAUGCUACUAUGGCUAAAUAAUAUAAUUCAUAUGUUGCAGUUUGCAAUUUAAAAAUAAAAAAAAGUUUGUUCCCAAAUGUA